AUGUCUGACGAUAACAUUGGCGAAAAGCAGAAUGCUUCUACUGUUCUGCUCCCUAUGUCACGCGAUGAAUUCGAGAAGCUCUAUUUGAGUCCUAGGAUCCCGACUGCGGGUAAUUUGCGACGUACCUUCGGUAACCCGACGCCAAUUUCGUUAAUGGGGUUCUUGCUUGCUGCGACACCUGCGGCGAUGUUGACGAUGGGGUGGCGGGGGCUGGUGGCCAGGGUGGUGCGAUCUUGUGAGUUCCAUACGGUGACUAGAAAUCUUAGACCGGUAUAUAUUUUCUUUGGAGGAAUUGUCCAGAUCUUUGGAGCAGUGGGCGAAUGGAUCAUUGGGAAUACCUUUACCUGUGCUCUUUUCUUCACCUAUGGGACUUUCUGGAUCGUUCAGGGUACAAGCAUGAUGCCCUUCUUCGCUGUUGGAACCAACUACUCGCCAACGGGAAACUCAUUGGAAGGGAUGACCACGGCUGAGUAUAGUGCCACUGUUGGAUUGUAUUUCGUGAUCCUUGCCGUCAUAACCUCCGUCUAUCUCGUUUGCUCCAUUCGAACUAACGUUUGCCUUUUCCUGGCCUUGUUCCUCCUUGUCAUCACGUUCUCUCUGACGGCUGCUACUUUCUUCCAAGCUGCGCUGGGCAAUGCUAUUCAAGCUGCUAGGCUUCAGACGGCGGCUGGCGCAUUCAAUUUUGCUUUGUGUUUGCCGAUCUGGCAUAUCUUCAUCGCUCAGAUUCUUGAUGCUGUUGAUUUCCCCAUAUCGCUCCCUGUGGGUGAUUUGAGUACUGUUGUCCUUGGGAAGUCUCAAAAGGCGAGGAGACGGGAGGUGGAGACACAGUGA